GACGAUUGAGUUGUCAUGAUUGUGUGGCAAAUUGUCAUCAUAUCUAGUUGGGCUCUACUUAUCGGUCCUGCAUUGCGUGCAUCUCAUGUUCUGUUAUUGUGCAAUGAUUCAGAAGGAACAAGUGUAACCAUUUCUGUUUCCUGUAGCAAAUGCCCUUUCUCAAAACUUGCACCGUUGGAAGCGAUACUCUUCGAUAUAGACGGCACAUUAUGCGAUUCAGAUCCUAUUCACUACUACGCUUUUCGAGAAAUGCUACAAGAGAUAGGUUUCAAUAACGGCGUCCCCAUAACUGAGGAAUUCUUCGUCGAGAAAAUCAGCGGUAAAUUCAAUGAAGAUAUUGGCAGAGCAUUAUUUCCGGAUGGUGAUCAUGAACGGGCGGCGAAGUUCAUGGAUGACAAGGAAGCUAUGUUUCGCAGGCUAGCAUCCGAGCAAUUAAAGGCAGUAGAUGGCCUUCACAAGCUGUGCGAAUGGAUCGAGGAACGUGGAUUGAAGCGCGCAGCAGUGACUAACGCUCCGAGGGCAAAUGCAGAACUUAUGAUCUCAAUACUCGGUCUCACUGACUUCUUCCAGUUUCUUGUAGUGGGUAGCGAGUGCGAAAGAGCUAAGCCAUUCCCUGAUCCUUACUUAGAGGCCCUCAAUUUUCUCAAAGCAUCCCCUAAUCACACAUUUGUAUUUGAGGAUUCUGCGUCGGGGAUACAAGCUGGCGUGGCUGCAGGGAUGCCUGUGGUAGGCCUGGCGACAAGAAAUCCCGAGAAGUUACUGAAGGAGGCAGGAGCGAGCUUGCUGAUAAAGGAUUUUGAGGAUCCAAACCUUUGGGCCAUACUUGGAGAAUUAGAUCACAUUGGCAAGAAAAGAGAAGCUUGAUUUUUGAGAUGGUAUGGUCCCCGACAACUUUUACGAGAACAAAAAGAAUCAGAUAAGCAGCGCAGGACAUUCAUUAUCUAUAGAAACUUGAUAUUUUUUAACUAGCUUUAGUCCAAUAUCAAACUAUGAUUAUACAUUCAUAAGCCUUUUCUAACGAAAUUGGCGAUGUUGUAUUUAAGUAUACAUUCAUAAGCCUUUUCUAACGAAAUUGGCGAUGUUGUUGUAUUUAAGUAUGUAUUAUCACAGGUUUCAUUCUGUCACAAUUGCUAAUGUAUCUUAGAACUAAGUACAAUCUCUUUUGUGGACUGUUAAAAAGACAAAACCUUGUAAAUCUUAAUACAAUUAAUGUCUCUUGAUUAAA